GCCCGCACGAGGCCUUCCGGUGCGGAGGUCACCAUGGCGGCGUCCUUGGCUCGGCUCGGGCUCCGGUCUGUGAAGCAGGUUCGGGUUCAAUUCUGCCCCUUCGAGAAGAAUGUGGAGUCGACGAGGACCUUCCUCCAGGCGGUCAGCAGCGAGAAGGUCCGUUCCACCAAUCUCAACUGCUCGGUGAUUGUGGACGUGAGGCACGACGGCUCCGAGCCCUGCGUGGACGUGCUGUUCGGAGACGGGCAUCGCCUGAUUAUGCGCGGUACCCACCUCACCGCCCAGGAAAUGCUCACAGCCUUCGCCUCCCACAUCCAGACUAGGGCUGCGGCGGGGAGCGGGGACAAGCCAGGCGCUGGUACCGGGCGCUGACAGUGCAGAAGAGAUCAACAAGCAGAUUUUAGCUUGGGAUUGUUAGGACACUUACCUAAGAGUUUGAGAGACUUCGUCACUCGAAUCACCAUCUGGAGGGCCAUGGAGCGCCAAAAAGAAAAAAAAAAAAAUGCGAGCCCUGUGACUACUGAUCCAACCAACGUUUCUGAAACGAGACAUGAUUGGAGAGGGAUCUGCACAAACUUGAAUUUAUUUCGUUUUCUUACCAUCACUCCCUGCUUAACCCUUUUGAAUAUGGCUUUUCCCACCACUCACUCAAGGUACCUCUUGCUCUUAUUAGCCAAAUCCAGUGCUGUUUUUCUCGGUCCUCAUAGUUCCAUCUCAGUAGCAUCUGCCACUUUUAAUUCACUCCCUUGUGGAAGUUCUCUUCCUCAUGGGUUUUUUUUUCUUUUAACCAUAAAAUUGUACUCUCAUCCUUCAUUUUCUUCUGUAUGUCUGAGCAUUUCAUCCUGUCAUAACUUGAACUCUGGGGUUAAAUCCUACAUUUCUGUUUGGCUCUAAUCUCAACGACUGUGCUAUGGUCAGGUUACCUACUACCGAUUUCCUCCAAGCCCCACCAAACUCUGUGUCCAAAAUAGAAUUGAUAAUCUUACAUAUACAUAUACUUGCCUCUCCCCCUGACUUCUCCAUUCCUUCAUCUGCUUCAUCUUCUCAGCCAUCUGGGCUGGAAACCGCAGCAUUAUCUCUGCUUCUGCCCUCUCUCUUU